AUGGAGAACAGUGAAGAGAGAGGUUUAGAGAGAAGUAUGGAAAACAGUUUAGAGAGAAGUAUGGAGAACAGUUUAGAGAGAAGUAUAGAGAACAGUUUAGAGAGAAGUAUCGAUAACAGUUUAGAGAGAAGUAUGGAGAACAGUGAAGAGAGAAGUUUAGAGAGAAGUAUAGAGUAUAGUUUAGAGAGAAGUAUGGAGAACAGUUUAGAGAGAAGUAUAGAGAACAGUUUAGAGAGAAGUAUAGAGAAUAGUUUAGACAGAAGUAUAGAGAACAGUUUAGAGAGAAGUAUGGAGAACAGUUUAGAGAGAAGUAUCGAGAACAGUUUAGAGAGAAGUAUCGAGAACAGUUUAGAGAGAAGUAUAGAGAACAGUUUAGAGAGAAGUAUGGAGAACAGUCUAGAGAGAAGUAUAGAGAAUAGUUUAGAGAGAAGUAUGGAGAACAGUUCAGAGAGAAGUAUAGAGAAUAGUUUAGAGAGAAGUAUUGAGAACAGUUUAGAGAGAAGUAUGGAGAAUAGUUUAUAA